AUGUCUCGAAGCUACAGGCUCUCUUUGUAUCUUCUGACCUUUGCUGGCGUGGUCUUCCGCUCCGAGCUUGCCAUAUUGGUCGCCACAACUACACUCUAUCUGUUCGUCUCUGGGAGGAUCUCGAUCAUUGGCGUGAUCAUUCCUGCUGGACUCGCCGGAGCCGCGAUCGGACUUCUUACGACUAUCUCGGUUGAUUCGUUUUUCUGGCAAUCGAAGCCACUGUGGCCCGAGUGGGUGGCAUUCUACUACAACACUGUCCAAGGACACUCCGCCGAUUGGGGUGUCUCUCCAUGGUACUUCUACUUUGUCAAUGCGCUGCCGCGGUUGAUGUUGAACCCCAUUACGUAUCUCCUCUGCAUACCUGCUGCACUCCUGCCUGCUGCCACCCGUGGAAGAAGUCUCGAUCUCUUGAUUCCGACAUUAGCAUUCGUCGGUCUGUUCAGCUUUCUACCACACAAAGAAUGGCGCUUCGUCAUCUAUAUCAUUCCUGCCUUGACCGGUGUCGCCGCUGUUGGAGCUUCCUGGAUCUGGACGCGACGAGGCAAGACGGCCAUCUAUGCGGUGCUCAGUCUAACAUUAGUAGCCUCGGUGCUGGUCUCCUUCGUAGCAUCAACAGCUCUGCUGGCUAUUUCAAGCCUGAACUAUCCUGGCGGCGAGGCUAUCGAACAUCUCCACAACAACAUCAAUGGCGCUUUCGGUGUUCACUGGGACCACACUAAUGUCUACUUCGACAACCUUGCGUGCCAGACCGGCGUCACCCGAUUUUUGGAAAAUCACGAAGGACCGCAAACCAUUCUUGAUGUCCUAGAAGCACAAGACUUGGUUGGUAAAAGGAAGUGGACCUACGACAAGACGGAAGAUCCGGAGGUUUUGCUGGACCCAAGGUUCUGGAAUAAGUUUCACUACGUACUGGCCGAGAAUCCCGCGAAGAUUAUCGGGGCAUGGAGCACGGUGCACGUGGUUUAUGCUUUUGGUGGGGUGCGAGUGUUGAAGCCCAAUGAAGAGAGCGGAUCGCCGGUCGAACCGCUUGAUGUGGUGGACAGAGGGGAUAACGCUCGUGAAAACUGGUCAACGAGAAUUGCGCGGUUAUGGCGUACGGCGGAAGGUCUGAUUAGAUAUCAGCUUCUGAGGGGCUAUUGGGCAGAGGUGCGCAUGGAGCCUAAGAUCCGCAUAUUGGAAAAUCAACGGCUCUACUCAGAGGGCCAUAUGUAG